AUGAACAAUGGUUGUGUCGAAGAUCAACACGCCGUUUUCGAGAGACCUGAUGCCUCGAUGAGACUUCACCUCAAACCUCUGUUUAUCCAAGCCAAGAUAAAUGGUGUGGGAGUAAAUAAGGUGCUGGUGGAUGGCGGCGCUACUGUCAAUCUAUUACCCCAAUCUUUCUUAGGGAAGAUUGGACUCUUAGAUUCCAAUUUGAGGCCCCAUAACGUGAUUUCCACUAAUUAUGAAGGGACGACUGGGAAUUCCUUUGGUGCUGUCGAAGUAGAUUUGAUAGUGGGAAGUGUAAGCAGAACAACCAUGUUUAUGGUGGUUCCGUGCAAGGCGAACUUCAAUGUGCUAUUGGGUAGAGAAUGGAUCCAUGGUGUGGGGGCAGUGCCUUCCACUUUGCACCAAAGAAUUGCUAUAUGGAAAGAAGAUGGUCUGCUAGAGAACAUCGAGGCUGACCAAAGUUACUUCUUGGCUGAAGCAAACAACAUUACCAAGAAGAACUUUGAGAAAUAG